GAUGUGCAACGCUGGGGUCAGAGUCCUACCUUCUCCUGAGCUCUGACGCUUUCCUCUCUGUGCUCCCUGCUGAUCCAUUCACCAGCAUGAAGGUCCUGGCGUUGCUGGUCCUGGUGGCAGUCUCCACCUUCCUGGUCUCAGGCCAGGAUACAACAGAUGCUCUGUCUGAUAGCUCUAGUGUUGCCCCUGAAGCCACCAGUGAGGCCCCGGCCACCACAGCUGAUGCCGCCACUGAGGCCCCGGCCACCACAGCUGAUGCCGCCACUGAGGCUCCGGCCACCACAGCUGAUGCUGCCACUGAGGCUCCGGCCACCACAGCUGAUGCCGCCACUGAGGCUCCGGCCACCACAGCUGAUGCCGCCACGGAGGCUCCGGCCACCACAGCUGAUGCUGCCACUGAGGCUCCGGCCACCACAGCUGAUGCCGCCACGGAGGCCCCGGCCACCACUGCUGCGGCCACCACUGCAGCUCCUACCACCAAGACCAGCAAGACUAAAUUUAUCACUAAGAAGCCCAUCCCUGGCUGGCUUAAGAAAACACUGAGAUGGAAUUAGCCUUGGCCUUCUGCGUUUGUUCCUGCUGGACUCGGCCACUUGUCUCUUCAUUUGAUUACUUCACCCACUUACCAUGUGUACCAACUAUCUCUUAACCCCAAUAAAUGUAUCUGUUUUCAAAUAAAAAACAACAUUGAGCAACA